UUCCACCCAAUGAAUUAUAAAUAUAUGGUUCUCUCGCUUAGGCUAACUUUGACACUGAUGAUGGUAACAUCUUCCUGGGCAAACAUGAAUUCUUGAAAAGCAUUUAUAUGUUUCCUUCCUUAUCCCAAAAUGCCAACCAAACAGGUAGUUUACCGCAGAGAUAGGGCAGUGCUAUUGAGGGUGUAUGUUGAGAAGCCUAGGAAGAAGAAACCGCCACCAAUUCAACAUCAACAUCAUCAUCAUCACCAUUAUCAUAUCCAUCACACAGUGAGAAAAGAGGAGAUUCAUGGCUCUGGUAGUAAGGGAUCAUAUGAUAGAAGAUCAGGGUUGCUUAAGUACUCGCGUCUCUUGCGCGAAUCUGCAAGAGGAGCAUCAUCCACACCCUUACCCUCUAAGGGGUCUACAACCAAGAAUCUCCAACCUCCAACAUUGGUACCAUUGAUGGCCCCUUUCAAGAAGAAGCAACCAAAGUAUGCUGAAAGGCCUGCUUGCUUUGGCGAUUGGAAACUACUAAUUCCAAGCUGCUUAAGACAAAUGUUAAGUGCCCCGAAAAAGGGGCAAAAGAAGAAAAAGAUGCAUGGAGGAUUUUCAGGAAAUCUAAUGAAAAAAUUACAGGUGAGGAGAGGAAAAAGUUUCAUUCCGAAUGUGUUCUCUACGACACGCAAGCGUGCUUAAGGUUGAAUGUUCAAUUUUUGGUGGCUAUUCACCUUUGACAAGGUGUAAUAUCUCGCUGUCAUUUUAGUUCAUGUCUAAUUUAUUUACAAGUCCCUUCAUACUGCUUAAGGAGCAGUACCAUUUCUGGAUUGUGAUAGCUAUGAAAUUUCAGCGGUGCACAAAGGUUCUCUAUACUUAUUUCUAAUUAAAAAAUACAUACACUAUUUCUAAUUU